AUGCCUCCUCACCACCAGUACGUGUUGGUGACGGGCGCCAAUAGCGGUCUUGGUCUAGGUGUUUGCUGCCGCUUGAUUGACGAGUACCUCACGCGCUCCUGUGCAUCCUCCACGUCGAGUACCACUUCCCGUACCAGUACGAAUGACACGUCCGGGUCCGCCCUGACGAUCAUUUUCACGACUCGUAGCGCCCGAAAGGGCUCUGAGACGCUCUCCAAACUCGAAAGCCAUCUUGCAAAGCAUGGCAGCAACAACAACAGAAACACAACAGCGGUCAAGAGUGCGUCUGACCGGCGGGUAUAUUUUCGGCCCGAGAAUGUCGAGUUGACGAGCCUGCUCUCGGUGCGCGCACUGAGCCGCAAACUGUUGGCGUCGGACAUCCCGCAUCUGGAUGCGAUUGUCUUGAACGCCGGCAUAGGAGGAUGGGCAGGCCUGAAUUGGCCUGUGGCCAUAUGGACGAUCCUAACCGGCAUACGCCAGGCGACGACAUGGCCGACAUACAAGUUGGGUCUUGUCGGCCUCGUGACGAAACCCCAACUCGCACGCGCGACGACGUCUGCAGAAGAUGAGCCUGUUCUGGGGGAGGUGUUUUGCGCCAAUGUCUUUGGACACUACCUGCUCGUCCACUGGCUUAUGCCUUUGCUUCGCGCGUGUGGACCGAACUCGCCAGGAAAGGUCAUCUGGUCGUCCUCCAUCGAGUGUGGCCGACGUCACUACAACCCGCAAGACCAUCAAGGCCUAAUGUCGGAGACGGCAUAUGAGCACACGAAGCGAUUGACGGACUUGCUCGCCUUGACAGCCAACGGGCAGCCUGCCACUACCAAGGCGGUAAAGGACUUCAUCACGCCUUCGCCGUCACUUGCUGCCUCCUCUCCCGUUCCACAGCCGUCGCGGCCUGAACUGUCGGAGCCCGUUUUCCUGCUGUCGCAUCCGGGCAUCUGCACCACAACCAUUAUCAGCUUGAACUGGAUCAUCCAGUACUUCUAUCAACUCGGCAUCUUUCUGGCCCGGCUGUGUGGCUCGCCCUGGGCCAACGUGUCGAGCUACCUGGGCGCUGCGGCCGCCACGUGGUUGGCACUUUCCCUGCCUGCCGACAUUGAGGCGAAAGCGCACGAGGCCACCGGCCAUGUGGAUGCCGGUCCGUGUAAAUGGGGCUCCGCAUGUGAUCGGCUCGGCAGGUCGUCGGUCCGCGUCAGUGACGUCGAGGGCUGGGGUCUUGAUGGAACCGGUAGACCGUUCAGAGAUACGUGGUGGGCAGGCCAUGUGGGACGGAAAACGGGCGCAAUGGACGCGACUCCAGAAGAUGUUGAGGAUUUCAUUGCACAAGCCACGCAUGCCUGGAAGGAGAUGGAGCUUCUGCGAAGAGACUGGGAGACUAGGAUAGAAUCCUUUGAGGCGACUCAAAACACGAAACAGCAGGGCAAUGGACAUGCUUGA